AUGAUCAUACGGUACCCCUCCAGCCAUUUCGAGUUUCGGUUGUUGGUACGGUGGCUGGUCUCGCUGUUGCUCUUCAUCAGCUCCGUCGACGCAAAUACCCGAAAGACUCACCCUAUCGAGUUGACGAUCAAUUCCGGCAGUAUCAGAGGGGAGAAUUUGAAAAUCGGCGGCACCGACUACGCGAUUUUUAAGGGGAUCCCAUACGCGGCACCUCCAGUCGGCGCCCUUCGCUUUGCGAAGCCCCAGCCGCCGGCAAUAUGGAGGGGUGUGAUGAAUGCGACGCAGUAUUCGGCAAUGUGCGUACAGAGGACAGAAGGUCGACCGACAGAUCCGGAACGUCACACCGCCCAUUUCUCCGAAGAUUGCCUCUACCUCAACGUUUAUGCUCCAACACAAUUCACCAACGAUACAUAUCCUGUGAUAGUUUUUCUCCACGGUGGCAAUUUCCAGAGCGGUGGUGGCAACGAUUACUCACAACAGGCGAUUUUGGAGAAUUUUGUUAGCCGGAAGAUUGUUUUUGUAACUCUCAAUUAUCGAUUAGGUCCAUUUGGUUUUAUUGCAACGGGUGAAAGCCUCGUGCCGGGCAACUUGGGACUCCACGACCAAAUAUUGGCACUAAAAUGGGUAAAGCAAAACGCAGCUGUAUUUGGUGGUGAUCCGGACAAUGUGUUGCUGAUGGGUGAGGGGAGCGGGGCUUCUUCCGCGUCCAUACUCGCAUUGUCGCCUCAGGCUGAAGGCCUUUUCCACCGGAUACUUCUCCUCUCCGGCACGGCUGUAUCUCCUGGUGUCGUCCGCGACACUGCAGUCAAAGCUACUGAAGAGCUCGACAAGAAGCUUCAAUGCCGAUCCUUCAACGCUUCCGAAUUGCUGGAGUGCUGGCGGAAGCGCACGAAAGAGGAGAUCCUAAACGCCGAUGAACAAUACUACGACGAUUACGAAGAGUUUGUUCCGGUCGUUGAUGGAGCGGGCGGGAUAAUCCCGGAGGCACCUGAGCUGUUAGCAACUUACCGCAAAAAGAUCCCGAUGAUGCUGGGCACCACCAAGGAUGAGAGUUCGCUACGAAUAAUCAUUUUGAACGAGAAGAGAGUGAAUUUCACCGCUCUGACAACAGAAGUGGCGGAGAAAUUGGCUGAUAAUUUGACCACUGGUUAUCAUCAACUUCAAAAUCAUGGUCUUGUGGCAAAUGGGUGCAAGCAAGAAUACAUCUGGACCAAGGUCGACCCGAGCGUUGACAGCGAAGUCCUGUUCAAUUCGGUGCUUAAGAUGUUCUCCCAUUUCUGGUACGACGCCCCGGCUGCCAGAAUUGCUGGAGAGUACGUAAAAGCCCAAGAGCCCGUGUACCUCUACUCGUUCGAUCAUAUUUCCGAGAAUUUCUAUGAUCACGACCGCGCAUUCCAUGGGGUUGACAUCAUCCACCUUUUCAAUAUGCAACCCCGAUUCUUGAAUCGUCGCAAAGAUAUGAACUGGCAGCUCGACCAGAGGGUCAUCGACAUUUUCUCGGAGCUGAUCUCAAAUUUCGCCAGAUUUGGGAACCCAACCCCCGAGAAUUCCGGGUUUAGCUUUAAUUGGACUCAGGUUGACACCGAGGAGAUGAACUACCUCUCCAUUACGGAUACACCAAGCAUGGAGGUUGGGUAUCGGUGGAGUGGGCAUAUGUUCUGGAACAUAUACGCUCGAACGCUUGAUGCCGUUGAUAUUGGCAAUAUGAAGCAGAUUGCGACGCUGGAGAAGAAGCUGGCCGAUUUUCAGUUGGCCACUUGGAUGCUUCUCUGCUGUUCCGGUUUCUUCUUCACAAUUCUUGUCGGAUUAGCGUGCUACUGUACCCGAAAAGAAUCCGAUGACGAUGAUAUA